UCUUAUCGUUAAUCUCUCCACGUCACUCCCAGCAGAGCGAGCAGCUGCGCGUAGCUCAGCUCGUGCAAGAAUUUCUCCACCUACUUGGGGGCGGAGGAGCUGAGCUGCGAGCCUGAUCGAUUCUUGGAGCAGAGCGGGAGCGGCGGUUUGCCUGCCGUUCAUGGCGACAAGGGCUUUGGGUGAGCUGGUGCGGAGGAGAGCGGCGGCGGCGGCGAUGGGGGCUGGGAGGAGGAGAGGGUUCUCCGACGAUGCGGCGGCGGCGGUGGGGGUGGCGGAGAGGAAGGUUGGAGGGGGAGGGGGGAAGGAGGUGAACCUGUUCACGGCCAUCAACCAGGCGCUCCACAUCGCCCUCGACACCGACCCGCGUUCUUAUGUGUUUGGGGAAGAUGUGGGUUUUGGUGGUGUCUUUCGCUGCACAACAGGACUCGCCGAUCGAUUUGGCAGGAAUAGAGUUUUCAAUACACCAUUGUGUGAACAGGGCAUUGCUGGAUUUGCUGUUGGUCUAGCAGCAAUGGGUAACAGAGCUAUUGCUGAAAUCCAGUUUGCAGAUUAUAUCUUUCCAGCUUUUGAUCAGAUUGUCAAUGAAGCAGCUAAAUUCAGAUACCGAAGUGGAAAUGAGUUUAACUGUGGUGGAUUAACAAUUCGAUCACCCUAUGGUGCUGUUGGACAUGGUGGUCACUACCAUUCACAGUCACCAGAGGCUUUCUUCUGUCAUGUUCCUGGCCUCAAGGUUGUUAUACCUCGAAGUCCACAUGAAGCAAAGGGAUUAUUGUUGGCAAGCAUUAGAGACCCAAAUCCAGUCGUAUUUUUUGAGCCAAAGUGGCUGUACCGUUUGUCCGUUGAAAAAGUUCCAGAGGAGGAUUAUAUGCUGCCCUUGUCUCAGGCAGAGGUGAUCCGUAAAGGAAGUGAUAUAACACUUGUUGGUUGGGGAGCUCAACUUGGAGUGCUGGAACAAGCAUGCGAAGAUGCAGCAAAGGAUGGAAUAUCUUGCGAGCUGAUAGAUCUAAGAACACUGAUUCCAUGGGACAGAGAAAUGGUAGAGGCCUCUGUCAGCAAGACAGGAAAACUUCUCGUCAGCCAUGAGGCUCCAAUCACAGGAGGUUUUGGUGCCGAAAUUGCCGCAUCCAUCACCGAGCGCUGCUUCCAAAGGUUAGAAGCGCCGGUCGCAAGAGUAUGUGGCCUGGACACUCCUUUUCCUCUUGUUUAUGAAACAUUUUACAUGCCCACAAAGAACAAGGUCCUGGAUGCUAUCAAAGCAACCGUAAAUUUCUGAGGUGCUGGAGCAAGCUAUUGCUGUGUUGUUCCUUGACAGUUGACAGUAUAGACAGCAAAACUUAGUUCACUAUGUAUGCACCUUAUGAAUUGCUGCCUGUAGCCUGAACAUGUAUCUCCAUAAAACCAUUUUAUAUAUGAUAUUAUAGACCAAUAAAGUUGCAAAGAUGCAAAUGAUUGUUGUACA